CGUCAGUUCCGGGCGGCGCGCGAUGCUGUCGGCGGCGGGCAGCUCCAGCUCCGGCCCCGGCCCCGGCGGGGCGGGCGGCGCCGGGCCGGGCCUCGGCGGCGACGGGGACUUCCUGUCGCGGUACCGGCUGGUGUCGGCCAAGCUGCGGCGGCGGUUCCUGCGGAAGCCGAACGUGGCGGAGGCGGCGGAGCAGUUCGCGGCGCUGGCGCGGGAGCUGCGCGCCCAGGAGAGCCUGCCCUACGCGGCCUGGUGCCAGCUGGCCGUGGCGCGCUGCGCCCAGAGCCUCUUCCACGGGCCCGCCGAGGCGGCCGCCCUGGCCGAGGCGGCGCGGCUCUUCCUGCGCCAGGAGCGGGACCUGCGGCAGCGCCUGGGGCUGCGCGGCGGCUUCGGCGAGCACGUGGCGGCGGCGCAGAGCUGCGGCGCCUUCGCCGCCCGCCUGCACCUGGAGCGGGGGCAGCCGGCGCUGGCGGCCGGGCUGUGCCUGGAGCUGGCGGCGGCGCUGCGCGACACGGGCCGGCCCGCCCGCGCCGCCGCGCCGCUGCAGCGGGCGGCCGAGCUGCUGGCGGCGGCGCGGCUGCCCCUGGAGGCGCUGCGCUGCCUGGCCGAGCGCGCCUCCUGCCUGCUGCUGGGCCGCGACUACGCCGGCGCGCUGGCGGCGCUGACGCGGGCGCAGGCGCUGGCCGGGGCCGGGCUGGGGCUGGGCGGCGGCGGGGCCGCGCCCGCGCCCGGCGGCGCCUUCCUGGACGUGCUGGCGCGCUGCGAGGUGUCGCGGGUGUUGCUGCUGCUGCUGCUGCAGCCGCCGCCCGCCAAGCUGCUGCCCGAGCACGCCCGGACGCUGGAGCAGUACUGCUGGGAGGCGCCGGAGGGCGGCGCGGGGCCGGGGCCUGGGCCCGGGGGCGGCCCCGGGGCCGGCGGCGGGCUGCCGCCGGCGGCGAGCUACCUGCCGGCCGAGCUCUUCCUGCUGUUGCAGUCGGCCGUGCUGGCGUGCCAGGAGAAGGACGCGGAGGCGCUGAAGGCCCUGCAGGCCGAGCUGUGGCCGCUGCUCAGCGCCGAGCAGAACCACCUGCUGCACCUGGUGCUGCAGGAGAUGCUCAGCCCCGCCGGACAGGGGCUCUGAGCGCCGCCGGCACGGACAGGCCUUGCCCAGGCUUGGACUUGUUACUUAAGCCGCGAGCUGUGUCAGCGUUAAUAGGAGUGCUCCAACAGAAGCGAGUGAUAACUGACAAGCGAACGCCUUCACCCGCUCGUUCAUCUUGCGUCGUAGUAAACUGCUCGCUGUACGUGUUGGAAGUUGUCAUGAUCGAAAAAGUGUAAUCCCAAAGCAGAAAGGCCGAUUCGAGGCAGAACCAGGCUGUUCCUUAAAGAACCGGCUGCAGUUUGCAGACAGGAAAACUUGCUGGGAGCGUAUCACCCCGGGUACGUGUGUUGGAGGGUUUGCACAUCUGGGAGUAAAAUGUUGCUGGAGUUGCCUUUUAGAAAAAAAACCACCACAUUAAAGUGAGAUUUUAA